AUGUGCCUACCGCUCUCGCCCCUGAAAAUGGACACCUCCAGAGGAUUUUUCUCGUGCGCUUCAGUUGAUGGCGAUGUUUUGAUGGCGUUAUUUAGAGAAGGCAGCACGCGCACGGGUCAAUGGAGGAAGCCCCUCAAGUGGACGUUUCGGCCCCUGCAGAAGUUUGAUCUCUUCCACCAGAAACCUCCGGAUGCUAUGCUGUAA